AGAUGAAAGUUGUGGCUCAGGUCUGAGCCAAGACGACUCGGAUUGUGUGUUGUUAGUUUCUGCAUCGGUGUGGACUGCUAACUCAUUACGUAUACCAUGGGCGCUCUUGCUGUAUCAGCGUUGGUAUUAGUGCGAUGCGUUGCGCAGGUCUUCGCGGUCGAGGCGGAGUCUCGGCGUAGUAGUCAACAUGGGCGCGCGCUCAUGCGAGUUGACGGCACGGGCAUGGUGAGACAGCUUGACGAGGAUAAAGAGGUUGCUUCCAAGGGCGCAGCGGGCCACGCCUUCGGAGAACAAGCCGAAGAGGACAUCUUUCAGCACGCAUCAGACGUCGCCUCGGGAGACACAUUUACUUCUCCGUCACGCCAGAGCCUCAUUCAAGUUGGCUCUUUUGGUGCAGCAGGUGAGCAAGGAAGUUUGGGCGAUGUGUCGGGCCUUCAAGACGCGUUGUUGAAUGUUGGGCCAGUCACCAAUGGAAGCUCGUUCUUGGAUGAGGGCGUAAAUUGGCAUCUUGUGGCCUCAGAGGGUGCUGGUUCUUGCGGAACAGACAAAAUCAGGACUCUAAGCGUGGGCCAUUGCCAUGGGUCUGCGCCGUUCCAGUACAAAAUUACAGAUGCCUCUGGUGGCCAAUGGGUCCAGUUCAAGAGCUCCACGUGCAUCUUCACCAGCAGCCCCGAUUUGAACAUCCAGAUUGAUGACGUGUCUUCUAGCAGUGGCCACAUCAAACCAGGCGCAAAGUUCUGCAAGGCUUGUGGUGCGGGCGGUACUAAGUUUGGGGAUUCCUGCUGGGGCGUGGUCGCAGACGACCACAGGCAUUGCGGGUGCAACAGCGGUGGCUGGACAGGCACAGGCUUUUAUUACGGCGGCUACAAGCACUGUAACCGGUGCGCUUGCUGGGGAGGAGGGUUCAGUGGCAUCAGGACAAACGGCCAGCAGAAGGGCAGAAUCUGCACAAACGGUUUGAAGAUCUACAUCAGCAAGCCUGUAGACUGCGCGUGGGGCGAGUAUGGGUCGUGGGGCAAGUGCUCGAAGUCCUGUGGCGGCGGCACGAGGCAACGGACAAGGACCGAGAAGUCGCCUGCCAAAGGUGGUGGCAAACCUUGCGAAGGGUCUACAACAGAGUCUGGAGAGUGCAAUACGAAGGCAUGUCCAACGACUACGACGACGACUACAACAACGACAACCAAGAAGAAUGCGAAAUCCGCUUCCAUUUGCCUUUGCCAGCCCGUGCGGGCGCUGAUUGCUGUUAUGUCCGUCAUUGUAUUGCGCUCGUCGCUGCCUAUGCCAUCAUGAAACGUUCAUGUGGCGGGUGACCCGUCAGCUCAUCACAGACAUCACAUCGUCGACAGCACCAUCGCAAAGACCCGUAGCUUGUAGAGCGAGGGCGAGCGCAGGCUGGGUGUAGCCCCAUACAGGCAGCGAGGCUCAAGGCCCAACUAUUUGAGGUCCGUCCAGCUGCGCCUCCUUGUCUCCAGCCUCUUCGUCGACAGGUGCGUCGUAUGCUUCACGCUGCACCGUAGGUUGCGCCAGAGAUUGUGCUGUAGGUUGCACCGCAGGUUGCGGUAUGUGUUGCGCCAUAGGUUUCCCCAGGGGAGGGGGGGCGCGACAAUUUGCCCCGUGGGAUGCGCUAUAGGUUGCGCCAUUUGGGUGCACCAUAGACCAUAUGCCGUAGGUUGCACCGUAGGUGUACCAGAGUUUUCGCUGCAGGUGCCGCCGGAACCCGUUGCGCCAUAGGUUGCGCUCUCGGCCGCCGAGAGCAGCACCGUCUGCUCACGGCUGCAACCAGCCCAGUCCAGUCAGUCAGCCAGUGAGUCGGUCAGCUGGUGUUCUCGAAAGAUAUUUCGGGCUACGCCCAGAAGCACCAGCACAUUCACUCCUCGGCGCACUCUCACAGGACCAGCGGGAGCUCUUACCACCUAUCACGGACCCCUGAUUACAUAUUUCAGCUGCAAGUGCACAGGGAAAUUGGUUUUGUGCAUUCCCUUAGACGGCAAGCGGGAGUUCUCGUUACAA